AUGAGGAUCUAUCUAUCUAUCUAUCUAUCUAUCUAUCUAUCUAUCUAUCUAUCUAUCUAUCAGCCAACAUAUCUACAUCAGCCUUUUUAUUACUUAUCAACGAACUAUAAUAAUAUGAAACUGUAUGGUGGGUAUCUUAAUAAGUCUCUCAGCCUUAUGUUCAAAAAUUCAUUUUUUUACUCUAUAAUCGUUUUUCUUAAUCAAAUACAGAAUGUCCACGGGUUACUUCGGACCCGACGUACGGACCCGACGUCAUGUCGCGCCGUAGGAAAAGAUCUUCGACGUAAGUUGAAGACACCCUGCACAUGGAAUAUUGUAAUACCAUCAAGUAACAAAUUUACAGGCUCCGGACAUAUUUUGCCUUCGAAUUUGAUUUCCUUUCACUUUUUCUCCAUUUUGAUUUUCUGUCAUUUCUUUAUUUCUUCCAUUCUUUUUUUGGUUCUCUAUAAUUUAUUAUAUUUAUUUUCUUGCGUUCUUCUUCCUUCCUUCCUUCCUUCCUUCCUUCCUUCCUUCCUUCCUUCUUUCCUUCCUUCCUUCCUUCCUUCCUUCCUUCCUUCCUUCCUUCCUUCCUUCCUUCCUUCCUUCUUUCUUUCUUUCCUUCCUUCCUUCCUUCCUUCCUUCCUUCCUUCCUUCCUUCCUUCUUUCUUUCCUUACUUCAUUCGUUUCUUCAUUUUCCCUUUCUUUUUCUAUAGUUUUCCCAUCUCUUUAUUUUCUUUUUUCUAUAUUUCCUUCUUUCUUGCUAUAGUUUUCUUUCUUUCUUUCUUUCUUUCUUUUCCUGUACUAAUCUUAAAUACUUUCUCUCUUAUUUCAGAUUUUUUUCUUUCUUUCUUUCUUUCUUUCUUUCUUUCUUUCUUUCUUUACCUUCUUUCUUUGUCUUUCUUUUCAUUUUUACUUCUUUCUUAUUCAUCUGGUUGUUCCUCUCUCUCUCUCUAUCACACACUUCCCCUCUCUCACUUCCCCCUCUCUCUCUCUCUCUCUCUCUCUCUCUCUCUCUCUAUUUCUCAUUAUUUCUUUUGA